AUGUGUUUCAUCUACAAGUUCUCUGUUAAAAUAAAUGGAGAAAGCCAUGGUUUUUUUGAAGGAAUGAGAGGUCUGCGACAAGGAGAUCCUAUGUCUCCUCUUUUGUUUGUUCUUGUGAUGGAAUAUCUCUCAAGGAUAUUGAAGAUAGCAAGCAGAUUACCUGAUUUUGGAUAUCAUCCUAUGUGCAAGCCAACCAAACUUACACAUAUUAGUUUUGCAGAUGAUCUGAUGCUUUUCUGCAAAGGUAAUGUGAGUUCAGUAAAUCGCCUCAUGGAGGCACUAAAUCAUUUUAGUGCCACUACUGGAUUGAUUGCAAAUAUGGAUAAAUCCAGCAUCUUCUUGGCUGGAAUAGAUGAUAACACUAAGGAGCAGCUACUUCAAAGAACAGGAUUUGUAUUGGUGUUCAUUCUACCUCAAAGUGUACUGAAGGAGGUGGAUAAGAUCUGUAGGGAAUACUUAUGGGGAGGAUCAGUUGACAAGAAAAAAAGGGUGGCUUUGUUAUCGUGGGAAAAGAUCUGCCAACCUAAGAAAUUGGGAGGUUUAAAUAUCAAGGGGUGCAAGGAAUGGAACAUUGCAUCUGUAGGCAAACUAAUCUGGCAAUUGCAAGUAAAUAAGGAAUCGUUAUGGGUCAAAUGGGUAUAUAGCAUUUAUAUGAAGACAGAAACUAAUUUCUGGGAACAUAAACCACCGAUGGAUUGUAAUUGGUAUUGGAAGAAACUCAACUCCCUAAAAGAAAGAAUGCAGGAAUGGUAUGUACAAGGAAGAUAUGUGCUUACAGUUAACGGUGAGUAUUCGAUUACAAGGAGCUAUUUGGAUAUAAUUGGCAGUCACUCUAGGAUGAGAAUAGCUGAACUUGUAUGGACUGCUAUGGCACAACCAAGGCAUAGAUUCAUAAUGUGGUUAGCAAUUCAUGGAAGGUUGCUUACUAGGGAGAGACUGCUUAAGUUGCAGAUACCAGUCGAAAAUAUGUACUGCUGUCUCUGUGAUGCACAGGUGAUGGAAACAAAUACGCAUUUGUUUGGUGAAUGUGAUUGGUUUCAGAAUGUCAAACAAGAGUUGGUGCAAUGGACAGGAAUACAGGUUCGGGCAUGUGAUUUUAAGCAAGUUUUAGAAAGUUUCAAACGGAAGCAAUGGCCGCGACUCAAAAAAGAGCUGAUGACAGCAAUAUGGGGGGCUCUACUACACCACACUUGGAAAGCUAGGAAUUGGAAAUUGUUCAAAGGAAUAAAUGUACAUAGAUCAGAGAUAGUGUCACAGAUUAAAAAGGAUGUAGUGGUUAGACUAGAAUCAUAUAGAACAUCUCGUAGAGCUAGGAGAUGUAGAGGAUUAGUAUAUAAGCUUCUGCGUAACUAG